UUUUUUUUUUCUUCAUCAUUCAUUUAUAAUCCAGCCUUGACAUUUGUUCUUCGCUUCCUAAUCAUUCCUUCCCAGUCUUUUUCAUACGCAUCGCACAUUCUCAACAUGAUGUGCUUUGGAAGAGUCGACCUCAUUUAUUACAACCAACAAUUUCGCUGCGCUGGAUUGAAGGCACAACCGAAUGUAGACACAUUGAAUCUCUCUUUCUUCUUGUCGAUGGACGCACGCGAUGCACACUUGAAGCAACUCCUCAAAGUUUUCCCACAUCUCAAAGAUAAAAGCAGAGUUGUUCGCUAUGCAAACAUUAAAAUGGAUCAGCAUUAUCCCGAAAACUACAGACACGUCGCUGAUGCUCGCAGCAGACGCGGAACGCGCCCUCAUUUUGGUCAGUUGCUCCGUGUGGAGACAAGGUUCGUCAAUAUGGGCAAUACCAGUGUCAAGUUCCAGCACCGUUUCUUGACUGUGCCUCAGUCGCAAGCCAGUCGUGACUUCAAUAACAGGGAUGAGGACAUACUGUAUACUGAGCUAAAGGAAGGUGAUGAGCCCGAGAGACUGAUUGCUAGCGCAGAAGGGGCUCUUGUUUUUAUCAAGUGGCAGGAAGAUGAUAAAGGCCACCGCUUCUUCAAACCCACACAAGGUGUCUUUCAUAAUCUUGACCUAGCUGCUCCAAAAGUAAUUCACUUUCUGAGGGAGACUGCUCCUGAAAGGCGGCCAUCUGGUUCUGCACGCCCCAAGAAUGCCUUUCGUGUACAGAUUCAUCUUCGCAAGUCGGAUGAAGACGAAUUAGGCCAUGUCACCAAUUCUCGUUACGUAUCAUUAAUCCAUGAUGUUUUGACGUUUGGACUUCGCACCGGAUACUACGCUAAUGGAGCAGGGAUUUCUCAAACGCCCAACGACCUACACGUCAUUCCAUCACAUUCAGGAACAAAUGAGUCAGACAUCGCAGUACCCGCAGGAUCAAUGUUCUAUAAACGAGGAACUAUCUAUGAGCUCUAUGUUGGGUACGAGCGAGAAUUAAAGGUCAAACCAGGAGUCUAUGUUUGGAGCUGGGUGGAGCAAGAUAAAAUCCAGGAUGAGUAUGAUGUGAUACGGUUUGAGAUUUGUUCGACCGAGGAUGACGGCCAGGAGCAAGUAGUGUCUUUGUCGCGCGCCAUCGUAAAAGAGGAUACCACCACACGCCCAUCGCUCUAAUAAGACUAACUGAAUAGACAGCAUUUUGAUGUACAACUUGUACACUUUAGAUUGAUUAUAUUUUCCAUUAGGCAUAUUUAAAUAGACAUUAAUAAAGUUAUAUAUUUUAAUUCAGC